CAUAAAGUGUAUCAGUUCAUUUCAUCAACAUUGGUUUUUUUUGAAUAAUAAUCGGAGGCAAUCGGGCACAUCAUUUAACAUACAUCAAAAAUAUAAAUCAUCUUAAAAACUAUUAUUUUUUGCGUUUCAAAUCAUGUCCGAUAACGAAAAUUUCGAGGCACUCAAUCCGGAGUGUAAAGAUUCGGACGUACAAUCGGUCAAAUCGACACAAAGUCAAAAGACAACGGUGCUAUCCGCACCUACACUCAACGUGCCUGUUACGUCAGGACGACAAUCACCUGUGCACUCGGAUGUGGACGAGACAGGUUCCAUCAAACCCACUCGCUCGUCAAAACGUGCACAAUCACCCGUACGGCUACCUGACGAGCUCGUGCUUAAAGCCAGAUCACAAAUCAAUCGCGUUAAGGCACUCACUCUACACUUCAAGCAAAUCGAUAAUUUCCGGGAUAAGGACAGCUCUGCAAUCAAGGCAAUUCUACAAUCAGCCGAGGAAGUACACAGGGCUUUCCUCAAAGAGCACUCGUUUCUGGAAAUUACCUGGCCAGUGGUACAUCUCAACCACGAGUAUUUUGCGAAUGAUGUUUACACACAAGAAGCAAGCAUCAUCUGCGAUAUUCGCCAACUCGCUGCAGUCCGUCUUCAGCCAAUCGACACUCAUGCACCUCAGUCAUAUCGUGAAGCAGUACAGCCUCAGCCAAAGUUACCAAAGCUGCCGCUGCCGAACUUUGAUGGUGGUUACCAGCACUGGACCUCGUUCUGCUCUCUCUUCCAGUCAAUGGUAAUCAACAACUCAACACUCACAGAUCUUGAGCGACUGCAUUAUUUGCGAGUUGCCGUUACUGGUCCAGCACUCGAGCUCAUCUCACACAUCCCGGUUACUGAAACUGCGUUUUCAACAACCUGGACAGCACUCAAAGAGCGCUACGGGAACAAGCGAGUUCUCAUCGACGCUCAACUCGCACAUCUGCUGCAAGAACACUCAGCCACUCAAAAACAGAAAGAAUCUGCCGAAUUUCUGCAGCAACUCAUCUCUGGGGUAGAUUCAGCACUCAACGCACUCGCACUCAUUGGCCAAUCAACAGACAAUUGGGAUUGUCUGGUAGUUUAUUCCACCAUCAAGCAACUCUCAAGCCGCACUCGCGAACUGUGGGAAUCCUCAGUUAGCAAUCAAGCGACAUACCCAACCUACACGCAACUCAAGGACUUUAUCAGUCAGCGGGCUCGCACUCUCGAGAACACAGAGUCAGCUCGUCAGCAAUCAACUGCCAGCACCUCAAGCAAUCAGCAAAAACCAAAAAGCUCACUUCACCCUACCGCACGCAAAACUGCCACUCAGCCAGCUCAGCAAGACUCGUGUUAUCAAUGCGAUUGCUGCUUUGGAGCGCACUUCAUCACUUCAUGCCAAAAGUUCCGCACUCUGUCACCUCAAGAUCGUCGUGAAGUAGUUAUCCAACGACGCAUCUGCAAGAACUGUAUGGGAAGACACAACCUUGCAUCGUGCAAAAGUUCUGCGCGGUGCAAGAUUUGCAAUCGCAAUCACCACUCAAUGUUGCACGAAGCAGCUACAGCAACAAGUCUGCCAGCUGCUACAAUUAAAAUCGAGCCACGCAAAUUCACUGACAAUCAACAAUAG